AAAUUUGAGUGCGUUUGUUACGGUGUUGGUUUAGGUUUUUCGUUAAUUUUCUUGUUCUCCAGAGGAAUAGCAUACGAAAAGUUGUGGAGCGCCGUGAUUAUGGUUUCGCAUUCACUUUGGCACUUAAUGAUAAGUAAUCUGCGAGGUGACUGAUUUCUAAAAGUGUAUGCUGAAAUAUGACACGAGAAUGCUAAAGACAUAUAAAACACUUGUUACCUUAACGUCUUUGUUUGCGAGGUACUUGGCGUAUCGGUCCUUAAUUCAUUUUAGCACGAAUGUAUGUGUAAGCCAAGUAUGUGGGCGGGAUCACUUGAAGUAAUGCGAGCUUUCAAUGUCAAUCUGUCAGUAUUAUUUUUAAGGUCAUGGUUAAAAUACUGAUGUUUACUAGCAUAUCACUGUGAGGUUGUACUUACUGCGUCAAAGUGGUAGUCGCUGUGUAUCUACUCUUGACAGUCAUUAGACUAAUCAAAGUCCGCUUAUGUAUAAAAUAAGAAUAUGAAAGAAGUUAACGUAAGCUUUAGAGCUUUUGCUACCAGCUUUAAAAUGACAUAGCAUUAUAGUGCACACACCUAAUGCACAUUUCGGAAAAUAAAACUCAUCUACUAUGACGGGUGAAUUUUGUGAUGAACGAAAAAAGUUGGGACCAUAUUCAAGUAUUUGGUUUCAUACCUGUUCCAGCAUUAGUUUGCUUCCACGUUCAGUCAUAGUUUCUGCAUAUUUAUUAUUAGAAAUUAUUACUAGAAAUCUUGGAGUUAGAACCGACCAUAAGACAAGAUCAAAGAAGUAGCUCCAGCAAUUUAGUUGAUAUGCUCUAGAGCUAAGGGCCGAACUACGAUCCUAGGAGGACUUUGAAACGAAUCUUAGGUGACCUUGAUAAAUAUUAGCCAAUCAGAAGACGGCCAAUAUGCAGUAAAAAUAUAUUAAACAACAUCAAAGAAAUACAGUAAGUACACUUCUUUUACAUGGUUCAAAAACUUGUCAAGGUUAGAAAGAGGUGCAAAGAUUUUAAAAGCGUAUUGCAUAAGGUAGAUGAAAUCAUCCAUGUGGCUCCAUAAUGCUUGGUAACUAAAGCCAUGAUGAAGUCACAACACUCUCUCAGCCUCGACAACAUGGCUUCAAUAUUGUUUUUAUGUACUCCGGUUAUAUAAGUUUGUCAGUUUUAUUACGCAUAUAUCCCUACAACACUCAUAUGUUUGAACAGCCGAGGCUUCAGUAUCACCUGCGAAUAUUGCAGCCAAUACUACUGGUGCCUCUAUUAUACAUUUUACAGCAAUUAUUAUAAUUUGCUUUAGUCUCAAUCUGGAUCGAGAGAAGAAAGUUCCUAUUCUAGCAGACUUCUUCCUCUAACAUAGAAAGAUAACAUCAUCAUGGUAGUCUGCGCAAGGUCUACAAGUUAACUGAUUACCACAAUUACAAAUAAAAAAACUUAGUAGUCCCAUUUAUUGUAGCCGCUUAAUUGUCACGUUUUCUCUAUAAUCCUCUGUAAACCGAUUGUACAUGAGCAUCAAGUACUGAAAUUGGCGCUGUGACCUUAAAAUUCCUACGACGCUUCUCAUUGGCUCGUCCAUAAAUUAUAUUCCCGUCGUCUAAAUUCUGAAUCAUGCUGUUUCCUACUUUAGGAUUUCUAAACUAUACAAUUUUGUUAGCGUAGAUAGGAACUACGAAGUCACUCAGUUUUUUUCCUUUGUUGUUAGACUUCUUCGUUUACUGUCUUGGUUUUGUUUUCACUAGGCGUCGAGUGUUGUAACGUCACGUGAAAAAAAUGUCCAAAAGCCUAAUAAUUUUUAUUUUUUUCUGUUAUCCAGUAGUUCCAGUGGAACCAUGCUUGAUCUUCGCCACUAUUAUGGUAGAAAUAAACUUUACUUCUUAAGACUUCGUCGAUUCUGCCAGUUUAUUUUAAAUCUCGACAAGGAUGGAUUUUAUGACAAUUGGCUGGGAAAAGAAUCUUAUUCCACCUUGAACACAGCUGAGGAUUUUAGACUGCUACAUUCCGAGAAAGCUCGCGUUAUUUGUGCUAUGUGGUACUUCUUGUCGAGGCACAAGUUUAAAGAGGCUGCUAGAUUGCUAGCUCACUCGAUUCAUGCAUAUCCAAUGUCAUCGACCUGGGUUUGGCGGGUUGCAUUCCAUAUAUUCCAGUGUUUGAAGGAUGAUGUUGGCUUGAGAACAUUUAAUAGGGUUUUAGAUGGGUUUCUUUUGAGUGAUGAAAAUAACCGUAUAUUAGAAUUUAUAUUGUAUGAGAUCAGCAAAGGAAACUUGAAUGCUAUACAGUUUUGUCGCACAAAUAAACAGCCUAUUCAGCGAAAUAAAUAUGCAAGUCUUCAUACAGUCUUGACUAGAGAGCCAGAAUUUGCACAUGUUCAGCGAUUACAACGACUCUAUGAAGGUUACAGCUUUUAUGGAAUGUGGCUUAAACAAAUUAAUUCAUUAGCAUCACCUAGUGAUCCUGAAGACAUUCAUGUGACAGCCGAUAAUUUAGCUGAGAAAGCUUACCAUCGAUUACAAGAAGUUGAAGCUCUCGUUUCUGAGGGUCAUUUGUGCGACACCUUUGUUAGAGCAUUUAUUGAAAUACUGCAGUAUUUUAAUGAAUGUACACGUGCACAUGCCUUACUACUUAGUUACGCUCAAAAAGUACCUGAAAACCCAAACACAUUAAGAUAUUUAUGCGAAUGGUAUAAACGUCAACAUGUACCAGUUACUCAUCCAUCGGCAGUUUUGUCUCCAUCUCAUCCAAUAACCAAAAACUGUCAUGAUUCCUCAGCAUGUAGUUUAGAUCUAAGUGAUGGUAACACAACUGUUGAUGAAACUACGCAGUCACAUACCGCCCAUCAAAAGAAAUCGCCCAAAAGUUCGAAAAACUCAAAAAUCUGUUUAGAAUAUCGUAUAUCAUUUAGCAGGCGUACAUUACCUGAACCAGCUCCUAACCUGCCUGAUAAUUAUGAAUCUAUGUCGAAGAAAGAAGUGAAAAGUCUAUUAAGAAGAAAUCAUGGCCAUUUACCAACUAUAAUUUCUUGUUUAAAACGUAGAAGAUUUUCUGAUGCAUUGGAUCUAUCAUUUUUAUUGCUUGAUCAUCCAUCGUGGGCUGUAUACUGCGAACCUUGGCGCCUCUUACGGAAAAGUAUAUUAUGCAUCGGCAAAACAAAUUCCCAGGUUUUACGUGCAUGGACUAUGCGAAAGAGAUAUUGGAAUAAAUUGCACUUUUCUUUACCUAAUUUACCUGUUAUUGCCAAGUCUAUGAAGUUAUUGUUGAAUAAACUCGAUCUGACCGAAUCCAAUCAGUACAGUGAUGAGGAAUCGAAAUUGAAUGAUCGUUUAAAUGUCCAAUUAACAAUUGUUACUAAUAUGAGACCUGUUAUUUUUCAUGAGUUUCCCAAUACAGACUUAUCUUGA